CUCACAUCCUCCACACUCUAUCACUUCUCACCAACCAAAAACAUACACAUUUUCUAUUCUAAACUAACUCAUUUAUCUCUUUUCAUCUCGCCCGACCCACCACGAUGACGGCUGACCUGCUUCGCCGUCAAUUAGAAGAUAUCACAAAUACGCUUGUCAAAGCGAGUGGCCGGCGGGAGGUAGAGAUGCGGAACCGAGAGCCACGAAUGAUGGCACGGGUGACCACAGGCGAGAAUAAAGGGUGAGGAAGAAUUAAAAGGGAGGAGAGUGGCAAUACUGAUCUGAGUAAUGAGCACAGCCUCUAUGCCAUUGACCAGGACACGACGACCGUCCGCGGAGACACCGACCAAGAGUAUUCGACUAUGACUCGCGUGGGCACCGUUCAUAAUGAGACUUGUGAUCUUGUUGAACUGGAAGUUACGCUUUCAAAAAUCAAGGGGAGCAUGUCCGAGCCAAGGCAGGAACUAUCCAGGGAUAUUGAUGGCGACUUUGAGCUCGCCUGCGGGGGACCGGACACCCCAUACCCGCCUUUCUAUUCACUAGCUUGCAAUCCCACAGCGCAUACUAGUUGUGCGGGACCCGCGGUUCCUUUCAGUAUGGAUCCGAUGAGCCGCCUCUAUACUACCCGUUCAGCUGGUUCGCUUAGUCCGGAGAUCGUUCCGUAUGCUGUGGCGCUCAUGCUCGAGGUGUCUAAUUGCAAGUGGGAACACGUCAAAAGUUGGAGCACCUACUUGUUUGGUAGCAACACAGAUGAAUUCCAUGGAAAAUGGGAAGUGGAGAGCAUGAUUCGGAACGAGAAUGAACAGCUCAUUGGUACCGGUGGUUACGUUGUAGGCGAGGGGGACAAGAAACGCCAACUUGCCCGCCGUCUCAUUCUCUCCAAUCUAGCUGCGGGCGUUGAUGAGGAAUCCAUCUUGGUUUUCCUUGCCAAGUACCGAUCGAAUAUUCGCAGGGUUACCCUCCUUUCGGAACGCGAUCCGGUCAAGGGAACGAGGACUGUACAUGUCGACAUGGACUCUAGGAGAGCUGCAGUGUAUGCUUCGUUCCAACAUGGACACAUCUUUGGUCUAGUGGUUAAGACUAAGCUGGCAGUGGAAUAA